CAAAAUGCGACCAGAUGUAGUAAGACAUGGUAUUUUUGGCAUACUGCAUUUGACAUACUAUGUAUUGGGACAUACUAAAUCUUUUUCUGUCAUACUAAAUAGUAUGGUAGUAUGGGUAUUGGAACGAACAGAGUUAAAAUUCACAAUCUCUGCUUCUUGGAAUGAAUCAUAGGUUGAAAACUCCUCCCUGCUCAUCCUGCUCUCAAACACACAGAGCUGCACUCGGCCCUCUUAUUUCCUUGUUCCUCCCCUUCAGAUCUACAGUUUGAAAGUGGGUGUAACCGACAUGGUGAGAGCUGACAGGCCCCAUUAGAUCAGACCUCAAACUAAAUUCACUUCUCAGGAAGUGAAACUCAGACAGUUGUUGCUACUGAGAGGUGAAAUGGCGCAGAAAGGAAUUCAGCUGGACGAGGAAAAAAUCUCUUGUUCCAUCUGUCUGGAUCUACUGAAGGAUCCGGUGACUAUUCCCUGUGGACACAGCUACUGCAUGAACUGUAUUCAAAACCACUGGGAUGGAGAGGAUGAGAAGAAGAUCUACAGCUGCCCUCAGUGUAGGCAGACCUUCACACCGAGGCCUGUCCUGAUGAAAAGCACCAUGUUAGCAGAUUUAGUGGAGGAACUGAAGAAGACUGGACUCCAAGCUGCUCCUGCUGAUCACUGCUAUGCUGGACCUGAAGAUGUGGCCUGUGAUGUCUGCACUGGUAGGAAACUGAAAGCCUUCAAGUCCUGUUUGAUGUGUCUGGUCUCUUACUGUGAGAAACACCUCCAGCUUCAUUACGAUGUGGCUAAAUUAAAGAAACACAAGCUGGUGGAGCCCUCCAAGAAGCUCCAGGAGAACAUCUGCUCUCGUCACGACGAGGUGAUGAAGAUGUUCUGUCGUACUGAUCAGCAGUGUAUCUGUUAUCUCUGCUCUGUGGAUGACCAUAAAGGCCACGACACCGUCUCAGCUGCAGCAGAAAGGACUGAGAGGCAGAGAGAGCUGGAGGUGAGUCGACUCAACAUCCAGCAGAGGAUCCAGGACAGAGAGAAAGAUGUGAAGCUGCUCCAACAGGAGGUGAAGGCUGUCAAUCGCUCUGCCGAUAAAGCAGUGAAGGACAGUGAGAAGAUCUUCACCGAGCUGAUCCGUCUCAUGGAGAAAAGAAGCUCUGAUGUGAAGCAGCAGGUCAGAUCCCAGCAGAAAAGUGAAGUGAGUCGAGUCAAAGAGCUUCAGGAGAAGCUGGAGCAGGAGAUCACUGAGCUGAAGAGGAGAGACGCUGAGAUGAAGCUGCUGUCACACACAGAGGAUCUCAACCAGUUUUUACUCAACUACCCCUCACUGUCACCACUCAGUGAAUCUACAUCCAGCAUCAAUAUCCGUCCUCUGAGCUACUUUGAGGACAUGACGGCGGCUGUGUCAGAAGUCAGAGAUAAACUACAGGACGUUCUGAGAGAGAAAUGGAUAAACGUCUCACAGACAGUGACUGAAGUGGAUGUUUUACUGUCACAACCAGAGCCCAAGACCAGAGCUGAAUUCUUGAAAUAUUCACGUGAAAUAACACUGGAUCCAAACACAGCAUACACACAGCUGUUAUUAUCUGAGGGGAACAGAAAAGCAACAAAAAUGAGACAACAUCAGUCUUAUCCUAGUCACCCAGACAGAUUCACUAGAUGGCCUCAGGUCCUGAGUAGAGAGAGUCUGACUGGACGUUGUUACUGGGAGGUGGAGUGGAGAGGGAGAAGAGUUUAUGUAGCAGUCGCAUACAAGAGUAUCAGGAGAGCAGGGAGGUUGAAUGAAUGUUUGUUUGGAUGGAAUGACAAAUCUUGGGCGUUAGAUUGUGACCAAGACAGUUAUACAUUUUGUUACAACUAUGUCCAAACCCCCGUCUCAGGUCCUUGGUCCUCCAGAGUAGGAGUGUACCUGGAUCACAGUGCAGGUGUUCUGUCCUUCUACAGCGUCUCUGAAACCAUGACUCUCCUCCACAGAGUCCAGACCACAUUCACUGAGCCUCUCUAUGCUGGACUCUCGCUUUUAGAUUAUGAUGUCACUGCUGAGUUCUGUAAACUGAAAUAGACAGAAGUCAUUUGAGGGACAGAGGGUUCAAUUCUGUGUUUUAACUCUUUUUAAACUCGUUUUGUUGAUCUCUCUUUUUUCAUAUAAUAGACAAAGUAAGCACAGUUUACAAACUCUUAAAGGAAUAGUUUGACAUUUUGGAAAAUGUGCUUAUUCACUUCCUUGUUGAGAGUUAGAUAAGAAGAGCCAGCAGAUUGUUAUCUUAGCUUAGGCAACCAGCGGAGACUUCAGGAAGUUACUGCUCCUAGUCAAAAAAAAAAUCCUGUAAAAUCACAACUUGUUAUUUUUACACUUUGGUUAUUUGUACGGAUCAAACACAUGAGACUUGUUAAAUAGUGAUCUUUAGAGGUGCUGGUUGGUGGAUUUCUUUAUUACCUUUGGGCCGAGCCAGGCCAGCUGAUAUGACAGAUAUGAGAGUGGUAACAAUCUUUUCAUCUAACUCUCAGCAAGAAAGCAAAUAAGACAAUUUUCCAAAAUGUUGUAAUGUUACUUUAAUGUCUCUCUAUUGUGAAAAGGAAUUGCUCUGUUUUUGUCAUGAGGACUUUUUAGUUGGUUGGUUGGCUCUCUGUUCCUGUCUCCAGCCCCAGGCUAUGUACUAUCCUCACACUCCCCAAACCUGCCAUCCUCCAACCAUCCACUAGAUGUCCUCAGACGUCCACGCCCACCUACACACCUAUUCCCACUUUCCCUCAUCAGCCCUGCUGUUCAUAACCGGCCCUUUUUUCCACACACUCCUUGCUAGUUUGUCAAAGUUGCCGUAUGCCUCAUGCCUUUGAGUUCCAUCUGAUCUGUUUUGUUUUUUCUGGUUACCUGUUCUGGAUGUACCUGCCUGUUUAUCUGCUGCAAUAAAUCAUAUCAGUCCGCCUGCCUA